CGAGCAGGAGCUCGGUCUCUGCCCCCGUUGGUUGAGUUGUACACGUCAGCAGUCAAUAAGUUGUAGCCAAGAUGUUUCACGGUCCCAGCAUCCUCUUCCUGGUGCGAGCGUGUUGACACAUUACACCUAGUUCGGGGGUGGCAAAGAACGAACGACAGAAGCGACAAAUGACACGGUUUUAAAGUGGGAGCAGUGCCGCGAGAGGAAACGCGGACAUCACGAAACGUUUGACACUUCGAGACGCACGUCACGCGACGUCGGGCUGCUUAGAGCAGAAGUUAGGAGGUUUUUUACCGGCGCGAGGAGCCCGCGUUUCCAAACAAGUUUACAAUGAAGACGCUCGCGAUAAGGUGAAUGAGAGCCAUUGCUGUUGUAGUCCAAAGUCUGUUUUUUAUUUAGAGAAAAUGAGGUUUCGGCUGCUCAAGAAGAACCUGCUAGCUCUGUUGGGUGUUUCCUUUGUGGUUGUGACUCUUCUCUUUUCAACACGUGUGUUAUUAUUGUCUGAUAAUGACACAAGUGGACAUAAUAAUGAUAAUAAUAUCAUUUCGGUACGUGGACAUUCUGGUGAAAUGGUGAAGUUCAACUUUGGUUCACUGCCAGAAUUGACUCAGUCUGUUUACAGUGCCAAUUACAAACAGUGUGUGCACAAUGCGAACAAGUUUCCAGGCGAGCCUCAACUGGUGCUGGUUGUGCAGGUCCACAACAGGCCUGAAUACCUCAGACUGCUCAUCAAGUCGCUGGAGAAAGCUGCAGAGGUCCACAGCUUCCUCCUUAUCUUUAGCCAUGACUAUUUUUCAGAGGAAAUAAACGCCAUUGUGCAAGGGAUAACUUUCUGCAAAGUGCUACAAAUUUAUUUCCCCUUCAGCUCUCAGCUGUAUCCCAGUGAGUUUCCUGGACAGGAUCCACGAGACUGCCCUCGAGACAUAUCCAAGGCCGACGCUCUGAAAACAGGAUGCCUCAACGCAGAACACCCUGACUCCUAUGGACACUACAGGGAAGCCUUCAUCACUCAAACCAAACACCACUGGUGGUGGAAGCUGCACUUUGUCUGGGAGCGAGUGCAGGCGAUGCAGGGCUACAGCGGCUUUGUAAUCUUUCUGGAGGAGGACAACUACAUCUUACCUGACUUUUUCCAUUUCUAUAAAUCGAUGAUAGAGUUCAGGAAGAGCAGCUGCCCAGAUUGUGACAUGCUGGCUUUGGGUAACCAUGACAGCCUGAGUGAUUUUACCAGACUGUCCAAUAAGGUGUUGACCACUGGGUGGAUGUCCACUAAACACAACAUAGGCAUGGCUAUCUCCAGGGAGGUGUAUUACAAACUGAUGGGCUGCAACAACGAAUUCUGCACCUAUGACGACUACAACUGGGACUGGACUCUGCAGCACCUCUCUGGAGCCUGCAUAUCAAAGCCCAUCAAAGUGCUCGUGGCACAGGGCUCCAGGGUUCUCCACACAGGGGACUGUGGUCUUCACCAGAAGGAGAAAUGCAGGCCAGAAUGGGCCUUACAGAGGGUCGAGGACAGUCUUCAAGCAGCAAAGGACGGCCUAUUUCCUGCAUCUCUUGCUCUUAGUGGUGCUGAACCAGUGGAGCACAAGGCACACAUGAAGAAUGGAGGAUGGGGAGAUGUCCGAGACCAUAUUCUAUGCAAGAACUAUGCCAAACGUCUUUGAACUGUAGCUUUUCUUUAAGUAACAUGGGUAAAACGCUGGUAUUCUGCAGAUGUGCCAUUCACACACAACUUUUCAGGGUUUCAGAGGCUGCAGUGGGCUGCAUUUUCACUUCAAGUGUGUUUAUGUUGUCUCCCAGCGAGGUCUUCGGCAUAGUAGGACCAAACCAAGCCCAGGCAUGUUGCAUGUACACAGCCAAACUUCAGCUUGUCUUCUAAUCUUUUACUUUUAAUCACCAAAGCUGCACAGUUGCCAAAGACUUUUGAUGUUUUUGUUGCGUGUAAUUCAUUCAAGCUCGCUCAUGCAGUUCAAUUUCAUGUCUCCAGGUUUGUUUAUCUCUGGGUGUCUCACAAGCCAAAACAUUAGAUUAGAUUUAUUGCACAGUGAUGGGGAAAUAUUGUGUGUAUGUUCAUACACUAAAAUGCAAAUAUAUUUCAACACUGCACAGAAUCCUGCACAGGAUGCUCACUGUGUUAGUUUGUGGUGAAUGUUUGUCGUGCGUUGCUUUUAUGAAACAUUGAGUUCCGUUUUUUCUUUGUGUUUUUUUUUUUUUUUUUUUUUUUUUUUUUUUUUUUUUUUAAUGGUACGAAGUGCAACAACAAAAAGGCACAUGUACUGUACAGACUUGUAGUUUUAAUCUUAAAUCUAUGGGGCAAGUUGUAGUUCAUUAACAGUGAUCAUGCACAUAAUGGAAUUCGUGUUACUGAAUGUAACCUUCAGUGUCUGUCUGUUAUAACCAGGGGUCUGUUUUUUUUCCGAGGUGAGGUCUCCUGACACCACUCACUUAAUCAGUCUCCUUCUCACUGUAUUGAUCCCUGGUUGCUACAGUGAGAGCUGGUCUGAUAUUGAUUUUUUUUUUGGACUGUAUAUUUGCUUUUUGAUGGGCAAAAAGUGACCUUUUGGAGUUUUGUUCUGGAGUUUUUUUUUUCUUUUCUGUCUGUGUUCUGUAAACACUAGGCUCAUCUGUGAUUCUGCAUGUCUAUAUUUGCACCUUCUUUGUUAGAAUUUAUUGUGGGAUAUAACAAAGUGAAAACAGAAUGAAUUGCAUUCUGGCAUUCAUUUGAUAGUUAGUGCCUUUAUUACAGUGUUAAACUGAGAAAAACGAACACCAGCGUGUUGAUUUUUGCCUUAAAGCUGACCAUAAGUGCCUUCUGAUUGUUCCUUUGUGCCUACACUUAUUUUUAAAGAGAUUUUUAAAGGUGCACUGAUUAAGUACUUACAUGCAUUUGUCAAUGCUGGGGACUUGUAGUCCUCCUGAUAGAUAUAUUUUUCUUUUGGCUGUGUCUUUAUUCACAAGACAUUGAGGGAAAAUUAAAUGUGAAUUCUAAUUCCACACAAAUCUUCACUGUGCAGUAAAAUGAUCGCACCACUGCAGGCGAGAGAGCGGCUCUGCGGAUAAGUGGUUUAACCUGAUGUCUGUGCACCUCGGGGCGCUUUGUGGGGAUAGUCGAGAAAUCUGAAAUAAAUGCGAUAAUGAAUCAAUUAUCUUUUAUGUUAUGUUGAAAAGUACAAUCAGUUCUUUAUGAACAUGGCAAACAUGACUGAAAUUACAAAUAUGAACUUUGUAACGUGGACUUUCUUUGACGUAUGAGGGUUGUUUUGAUGAUUCCUGGGUUGGUGAGGUGAGAUGAGAUUUCUUUUGCUGGUUUCUUUGUGAUUAUCACUUGAAAUAGCCUGAUGUUUGCCAAAUGUGGAGAAAAAAUAAAAGAUUGAAUUUUCA